AAUCGGAUCUCUUCAUUUCAUCGGCAUUAAAAUUUUCGACGAUGGUUUCUCUCCGCUCCUUCGCCGUCAAAUCCUCUCUCCGCCUUCCUUCUCCGCCGUCGCUCCUCCCUCUCCGGUCACGAUCUCCGCGUUCCAUCUCCUUCUCCUCCGGAUCUCCCGUUCGCCUUCCCGCUGGGAUGCGCAAUCUCUCCGUCGCCGCCGCCUCCGGCCAUGUCUCGAGCUCUGGCAAUGGAUUUCACGGAUCGUCCUUCCAGGUCGCUGAAUCCUUCUUCAGGGGUGUCUUAGAGGAGAUGGAAAAGGUUUAUCUGAAUAGGAAUCCAACACCAAAGGCGGUCUUGGAACUUGUCCGAUCAGUUGAAGACGAGCGAAUUUGCUACGAUCAUCUUGCCUUCAGGACAUUCGGGAUCAAUGGUUAUGGGAUUGACUCGCUUGCAAGCUUAUUCCUUGAUUUUGGGUAUUCCCCAAGGGACGAGUUGCGGUUUCCUGCGAAAAAAUUGAGAGCAUUGUGGUUUUCACCACCUGAUGUUUCUGGUCCUCCUGGUGGUUCCGGCGUUAAAGGGCCUUUGCCUCGGAUCUUUAUCUCGGAGCUCCUUGUCGGGCAGAUGAGUCCACAAACGCAGGAAAUUAUCAAAAAAUACACAGAAGCAUCGCCUGGUGGGAAUAAAUACGCUGCUCUUUCCAGUGCCAUGGGUACUUUAACAUGGGAUAAACCUUCGUCUUCUGAGUUCGAGCAGUUGUCCAGGGAGAGUGAAUACGCUGCAUGGACUCUUGUCAAUGGGUACGCCCUCAACCAUGUCACGAUUUCCGUCCAUCGGCUGAAAUCUAAUCUCAACAAGAUAAAGAAACUCAAUCAGUUCCUCGAGGAAAAGGGAUUUAAGCUGAAUUCUGAAGGAGGAGUCCUGAAAGUUAGCCCCGACGGCGGACUUCAGCAAAGCUCAACUGUAGCGGAUUCGAUUUCCUACGAAUUCUCCGACGGGAUCACUAAAUCUGUCCCUUGUUCUUACAUCGAGUUUGCUGAACGCCUCGUACUUCCCCAGUACCAAAAUGUACCAGAAAGCGAGGUACAAGAGUUUCAUAGGCGCGAGGGAUUUGAAGUUGGGAAUGCAGACAAGAUCUUCGAGAGGACAUUCCAGGAACAGCUUUCCCGUAGAAGCGGCUGACCAUCGAAGUAUAUAUACAUACGGUAAUGAAGUCCGUAUAUAUACAUUUAACCAAUAAGUUCCGAAGCAUGUAUGCUUUUUACGUUUAUGUAAUCAAAGAAAGUUAUCUAUAUCAACAUAAAAGUAAAAUGGAUUAUCGUA